AGCACUGAAUCUUUUUUGCCUAUGACAAUGUUUACAAAAUGUCAAUGUAAAAAUAAUUUGAUGUCUGAAAAAAUUCAGUGUAAAAAAAUCUACAUCUCAAAAGAUUCACUGUAAAAAAAUUCAGUGUCUCAACAAAUUCGGAGUAAAAAAAUUCGACAUCUCAAAAGAUUCAGUGUAAAAAAAUUCAAUGUCUCAAAAAAUUCAGUGUAAAAAUAGUCACAGGCAACAUCCGGGUAACCAAGGAGAAUCAAUCGAUCCCUGUAUCAAAUCAUCCAACAUCUAGCCAAUCAAGUUUACGUUCCAUUGUUCAUGUGACGCCGAAACAGGAAGGCGGUGAAGUUCAGGUGAGCUCUGGUCAGAGCUCGGCAUGGCUCAGAACACACAUGAUGGUGCUUCGGAUAGUCAGGCUGAUGAAAUUAUGCAGUCAGCCAGGCGCUUACUGCAUUUAAUCAGUUCGUCUGAAAGACAACGGUGUGCAGCCAGUGGUGGAGUAACAAAUCAAGUUCUGAGAGAACAGAGGCAUACAGAGAGACCAUCACUUCAAAUGGAAAUGACCAGGUCCUUUCCAGGUGUUUUUAUCAAGGGCAGAGGGAAGAGGUGCUUUCCUGCAGCAAAUCUUGUUCCUGCCAAGAGUUAUGUGAUGCCCUCAAAGUUUUAUUUCCAAAAUUGGGGGCCGUGACUGGUGGGUGGCUGCUAUACAAAUCUGCAGGUGGAUGGGGUAGCCGAAAACUCUCUCUUGUGGCUCCUGAUGAGACUGGCUAUACAGGCAUGGUAUUGAAGUCUGUAAGUCGUGGGGGUAAAAAUCUAUUCAUAGCCCCAAUUCAAGAGGAACUCAGCACAAAUCCCCUACCACUAACUGAUGAAGCAUUCAGUAGCAUGCCAAAAGCCACAUGUCAGAAGUGUGGAGUUGCAGUUCCUCUUCCACUCCUGACAGAACACCUCAAGUCUUGUGAUGUCAUGUAUGUUGGCAGUGAUGAUAACCUGGCUAAUGUGGAAAGCAGUGAGCCUGAAGACAGAAAAUUUAAGAAUUCUUAAUUUUAAGCUUUUGUGAGCAUAUUGUAUAUUAUUAAACAGCAGAAAAACUAUUUUGAAAUUAACACUGUUCUUGGUUGUAACUUCAACAGCACAUAUGCAGGAAUGUCCUGUCUGCACAAAAAUGUUUCCUACUGACUUUAUUGAGGUACACGCUUCUUCAUGUGUGGAAAGGGCAGGAAAAGAGGUGAUGCAUGAAAGCAUUGUAAUUGAGGAAGAGCAAGCAGCAAUGCCUGGACCAUCCGGAACUUGUGCAACUGCUACAGAUGGCUGGUUAACUAUCAGUGACCCCACCAAGGCCAUAUCUCAGUGUGCUGACAGUUUUCUCCGUAUUCAUGAAACGAAGAGCCCCUUACUUCUCAGCAUGGACAUCAGAAAAAGUCCUGCUGAACAGGACAUGGCCUUAAUCUCCUUCUACAAGCGAACUAAUGUGGAAUGGGGACGGCCUCUGAAUUGCAAACUUGAAGGUAGCUCCAAUUACAAGUUACAGUGGUCCAAAAAUAAAGUAUUUCCUUUGUCUUUAUUCUGUCAAACCGUACAUUGUGUUACAGGAGAUUGUGCUAUUGGACAGGGUGUAACUCGCUUCUUUUUCUCAAAAUGCAUGGAAAAACUGAAGUCAGGGUUUUGCAUCAAUUUUGCAAACUCAAAUGUUACACGGCUUUUUGAAGGAGAGCCUGGUCAUUUAGUCCCCUCAGCCUCUCACUUUCUUGUGGAAAGUGAUAUGUUCAUGGUAGCGGGGAGAAUGGUAGGCCACUCCUUUCUUCAUGGAGGACCAUGCCUGUUGGGGCUCAGCCCUGCUGUUGUUCAUGUCCUGCUUGGUGGGAGUCCUGAAACUGCAACUGUUACACUACAGGACUGUCCAGACCUGGACAUCAGAGAAACAAUCGAUCUUCUUGAUGGGGGAUCCAUACUGUCAGAUAAGGAUAAACAGCGUGUCCAGGACCUGGCCCAUGCCUGGGACCUCCCUUGCCUAACUGAGAAAAACAGGAGAUGGCUUUUUGAGAAGCUAUUGAUCCAUGCUGUAAUCGGACGUGUCACAAGGCAAAUUAAGCAGCUGAGACGAGGUCUUAAAGAAACCCCAAUGUGGACACUGGUGACCCAAAGACCUGACACAGUGGCCUUGCUUUUUCCGAAAGAGGGAGCAGGAAAUUUCAGCCCUGAGGUACUACUUCAGCGACUCACAUGGCCUCAUGAGGAUAGUGACGAUGACGACGAUUGUUCAGUUGACACCAAAUGCCGCAUAUCAGGCUAUCUUCGACAGUUCAUUGCUAAUGCAACACCAACUGAACUGACCGAACUGGUCAAAUUCUGGACCGGAUGGGAGAUUAUACCACCGAGUCUCUCUGUAGAAGUGGUCGAGGGCAGAUACCCCACAGCCUCCACUUGCUUUGAGACCUUGCGCAUCCCAGGGCAUUACAAGGAUUACACAUCUUUUAAAUGUGACAUCCUGGCCUGUAUUGACAGUUGCCAUACAGGAUUUGGUCUUGUGUGAGUGACAUUUGGCUUGUAUUUACCCUUGUAAGACAAUAUUUGAUGUUAAAAUGUUUGUUUUUAAGCUUGUUAGUUCUGUUAAAAGACCUGUUGUAAACUCUCACACUCAAAGAAAACAAUCAGGAAGUUGUUAAUGUAUACUGAAUAUAUUUUCACACUGUUACUGAGAGUACUUUGCAGUAACCUUUGGCAAUAAAAGGUCAGUUCAUUGAGGUAAACUUUUGACUCUGAACUCCUGUGAAGCCCUCGUAUAACCACUGAAAUGCUAUAUUUUCCCCCCCCAAUUUCCAUCUCAGGUUUGGGAAUAAACCUCAAUGUUCAAAAUAAUGCAUUGCUUUUUCCUGGUUCAUGAUGCUUUCACACGGUGUAAGGGGGACGGACAGCGAAAGAGAAGUGCAAUAAAAAUGAGCAGCCAUUUAUUUUUCUUUGACAAUUUAGUACACUAUAAACUUCAGACUUAAAACCUGUUUGAGUUAAGUAAUCAAUCAUAAAAUGGCUAGACUGUUAAGCAGUUGAUAUACCUUUUCAUUCAUGUUAUUUUAAUAGGUUUACGUAACUUGUCAUAAAUGGAAUUAUUUUGUGAUUUAGGCAUAGGUCUUUUUGAAACAGACCACCCUACUUAAACCAGUGAGAAGAAAAAUGUGAUAACCAAAAUUGUGUUCAUGUAGAAUAAAAUGUCUUUAUAGAAGUUAUAAUUGUUGACCAAUGCAUUAAUACACAAUGUCCUUACAACUGCAUCCGUAAUAAAUUGUUUAUAUGCUGAUUAUACGAGAAAUAGGGGGCCCUUAAGUGUUACUGAGAAAAUAGUAAUAAUUAGGGUCAGCUUUCCCAGUAAAAUUUGGUAUAUAUCUUAAGUUUUGCAGUUUAACAUGUUCUUUGUAAACCAUCUCUGCACUGAUAAGUGUCACCGGACCCCCCCGUCUCAGUUUCCAAGGUGUUACGCUGCUAUAUU